AUGGCUUCUCAAUCUCUGUCCCCACCCACUUUGGACUUAAGCAUUGACCGCAUUUCCAGUCUUCCCGCCGAGCUUCUCAUAAUUAUUUGCUCUCACUUAGCCAAUCGUGACACCAAGUCUCUACGCUUGACAUGUAAAUUUUUGGCUCAAACCGCUCGUGUUCGUCUGAAUCGCGUUUUCUUCUCCGCCAAUCCACGCAACAUCAAAGUCUUUAGCGCAAUCGCAGACGACGGAGAUUUCCGGUACGAUGUCACCGAAAUCAUAUGGGACGAUGCUCGCUUCAUCGAGGGCCCAAAGCCGCAUUCUCACCUCGCUUGGGAGAUUGACGAGGCAGACACAGGCCCUGAUGAAGGAUGCCCCAACAAGUUUGUUGCGGCGUGUAAAGAAAACAUUGAAAACAUAAAAGCACGAAAGAGGUACGACAUAGAUGAACUAGGUCAUAUCGCACCGUGGAAACAAGCUAUUGCACAAGCACCACUGAAAAUCUGCUGGCAAUUGUAUCAGAAUUUGUUCCAGCAGCAGGAAGACGUUUUGUUCUUAAACAGCGAUGUGGACGCUUUUAUCGGAGUCACGCGAUUUCCGAGGUUGAAACGAAUUGCCAUCACUCCCGCAACACACGGGUGGCUCUAUGCCUCAUUAUAUGAGACACCUAUGAUUCGAUCCUUUCCAUGUGGAUUUAACUACCCGAUUCCACGGGGAUGGCCGAUAUCAAGAGGUAUGAAGACGCUGCCAGACGCCCAUCCGUGGGAAGAAGCCACUGAGGCCCAGAAGAACCAAUAG